AGGGUUUUAUAGGGUUUUUGCUUCUGUGUGUUUUUUUUUUUUUUUUUGUUUUGAAAAGAGAAGAUAGUGGAGGAAGGGAAAAGCGCAAGCUUUUGGGGAAGAAGGGAGAGGCUUUUACUCGUCCGAAAAGGAUAAGAAGACAAAGGCUGAAAGGCGUGCUUGUUGGGACUCUCCUGGAGCUGAAACCCGAGAAAGAGACUUCUUUUUUUCAUUAAACCGCUGCUUUCUUCUCGCCCUAAGCUCCAACUUCUUACAAAAGAAAAAAAAAAACCAGUGGGAGAGGAAUUUAGAGGGGAGCUGAGAAGAUGGCGAACGAGGUGAAAGCAAAGAAGCUACGCGCGUCUGAUUUUAAGGAGCUGCGUGAGCUGGUGACUCACCACAUCGAGUCAUUCGAUUACAUGUCCGAUAAAGGACUGGAGGUCAUGUUCAACAGAAUCAGACCUGUUUCUAUCAUUCAUCCGUUCACCAAGAACAAGCUGAGAAUCUUUUUAGACAAUCCCCAAUUAUACCGGCCUCAAAGGGAAGGCUUAUCAAAAACCGCAAUGAAAGAGGCUCUGUUUCCUUUUGAAUGUAGGCAGGCAAAGAUUUCAUAUACAGGGACAUUCCUGGCAGAUGUUUGCUUUCAAUAUAAUGAAGGACCUGUUAUAAGAGAAAGAUUUGAUUUUGGACAGUUUCCGGUGAUGUUAAUGUCAAAGCUUUGCAACUUGCGAGGUGCUGAUCCCCGAAAACUGGUUUCCUGCAAAGAAGAGGCAUCAGAGAUGGGUGGAUACUUUAUCUUGAAUGGGAUUGAACGCGUGUUUCGAUGUGUAAUAGCACCAAAGAGAAAUUAUCCAACGAGUAUGGUGCGGAAUUCAUUUCGUGAUCGACGGGAAGGAUACAGUGAUCAAGCAGUCGUCAUAAGGUGUGUAAGGGAAGACCAAUCGUCUGUGACAGUUAAAUUAUAUUACCUUCGUAAUGGAAGUGCAAGGCUUGGAUUUUGGAUACAAGGGAGGGAGUACUUGCUUCCUGUGGGAGUCGUACUAAAGGCACUUACUGAAACAAAUGACAAAGAAAUAUAUGAAAGUUUGAAAUGCUACUACAAUGAGAAAUAUGGGAGGGCACAAGGAGCUGUUGGCACUCAACUUAUUCGUGAAAGAGCCAAGAUUAUUCUCGAUGAAGUUCGGGACUUAUCUCUUUUUACUAGGGAGCAGUGCCGACAGCAUAUUGGGGAGCAUUUUCAGCCUGUUAUGGAAGGAUUCGAAAAUGAGAGCUAUUCUGUUGUUGCUGAUGCAGUUCUCAGGGAUUACAUAUUUGUUCAUCUUGACAGUGAUGAUGAUAAAUUCAAUCUGCUCAUCUUCAUGGUGCAGAAACUUUUCUCGCUUAUAGAUCAGACUUCUGUGCCAGACAACCCUGAUUCCUUGCAAAAUCAGGAAAUCUUACUCCCUGGUCAUUUGAUUACGGUUUAUCUCAAGGAAAAGCUAGAAGAUUGGCUGCAUAAGACAAAAAGGCUUCUCCAAGAUGAGAUAAAUAACCAAAGCAAAGAUUUUAAGUUUGAGAGCUUAGCUGAUGUGAAGAAGAUCAUGGGAAAAAAUCCCUUGAGGAGCAUCGGUGGAGCAAUUGAGACAAUGUUAAAAACUGGAAGGCUUGCUACCCAGUCAGGGCUUGAUUUGCAACAGAGGGCUGGUUACACGGUUCAAGCUGAGAGAUUAAAUUUCCUACGUUUUCUUUCAUUUUUCCGAUCUGUUCAUCGAGGAGCCUCGUUUGCUGGACUUCGUACGACAAGUGUUAGAAAGUUACUCCCUGAAUCUUGGGGUUUCCUUUGCCCUGUGCAUACCCCUGAUGGGGAGCCUUGUGGAUUGCUGAACCAUAUGACUUCUACUUGUCGAGUUACAUCUUACUUUGAUUCACAAGGAAAUAUUAGGGACUUCUUUAAAAUGUCGAAGUCUAUUCUUGAUGUUCUAAUCGGAGUUGGAAUGAAAUCUUCGCUACCAAAGCUUGUCCGAGCUGGGCCUCCUGAAGUUCUUCCUGUUCUUUUAGAUGGUCGUGUCAUUGGUUCUUUAGCUUCUGGUGUUGUACCGAAAGUUGUUUCUUAUUUACGUAGAUUGAAGGUCUCGGCUACUUCACUGAUUCCUGGGGACCUUGAAGUGGGAUAUGUUCCUUCUAGUAUGGGUGGAACAUAUCCUGGUCUGUACCUGUCAACCUCUCCAUCUAGAUUUGUUCGGCCUGUGAAAAAUAUUUCUGUCUCUUUCGAGGCAAAUCAAAAUAUUGAACUUAUUGGGCCAUUCGAACAGGUCUUUAUGGAAAUUAGUUGCCCUGAUGGUGGAAAUGGAGGAAGAAGUAAUGGUUUUCCUGCAACUCAUGAAGAAAUUCAUCCAACUGGAAUGCUCAGUGUGGUAGCUAAUCUUACACCUUGGUCAGAUCAUAAUCAAAGCCCACGCAACAUGUACCAGUGCCAGAUGGCAAAACAAACAAUGGCUUUCUCUUCACAAGCAAUUCACAACCGUGCUGAUCAAAAGCUGUACCACCUUCAGACUCCUCAAACUCCUAUUGUGCGCACAAGUGCGUAUACAAAAUACAACAUAGAUGAAUUUCCUACUGGAACAAAUGCAAUAGUUGCCGUCCUGGCAUACACCGGAUAUGAUAUGGAGGAUGCUAUGAUUCUAAAUAAAGCAUCUGUUGACAGAGGGAUGUUUCAUGGACAAAUAUACCAGACAGAAACUAUAGAUUUGUCUGAUCAGAGCAGCAGGUGUCGUGGUCAAAGAAUGUUCAGAAGAGAUAUUCAUGACAGAUCGACCCAUUCUUUCAUUGAUUCAGAUGGACUUCCAUACGUUGGUCAGAUGAUACAUCCAAAUCAACCCUAUUGUAGCAUUUAUAAUGAGGUAACAAACACAACAAGAACUAAUAACCGAAAAGGUACAGAACCUGUUUUUGUUGACUAUGUCGCUGUUGAUAUGAAAAGCAAGAACAAUCUUCAAAAGGUAAAUAUUCGUUUUCGACACCCAAGGAACCCCAUCAUCGGCGAUAAAUUUAGCAGUAGACAUGGGCAAAAAGGUGUUUGCUCCCAGCUAUGGCCUGAUAUUGAUAUGCCAUUUUCUGGAGUUACAGGGAUGCGUCCUGAUCUGAUUAUUAAUCCACAUGCAUUUCCUUCAAGGAUGACAAUUGCAAUGCUUUUAGAAUCUAUUGCUGCAAAGGGAGGGAGCUUACAUGGUGAAUUUGUGGAUGCAACACCAUUUUCAAGCUCAAUCAAGAAAGAUAAUGGCGGGGCUGAGACAGAGUCCAAUUCGCUUGUUGAUGAACUUGGUUCUAUGUUAAAGAAAAAGGGAUUUAAUUACCAUGGUGUGGAGGUAUUAUACAGUGGGGUUUAUGGAACUGAACUCAUUUGUGAGAUAUUUAUUGGGCCUGUUUAUUAUCAACGACUGCGGCACAUGGUUUCAGACAAAUUUCAGGUAAGAAAUAAUUUAAUCUCAUAA